UUUAAUCUGAAUUCUGAAGAAUCGUUGAAUUCUGAAUUCUGAGUUUUUUACAGUUAGCUUUAUAUUAAUAUAUUAUAAUUUAUAGCUAGAAUGUUUACCACUAAUAAUUAACUAUUUAUUUAUUUUUAAAUUUAAGUAUAAAAUAUAUUACGUAUGUAAUUGUUGUAUGUAUAACGUUUACAUUCAUUACUAAUAACUUGAUUAUUUUAUUAACGACAAGUACAAAAAUCAUUUUAGUUAGUGAACAUUUUUAAAUAACAAAAACGAUUUUGAAUUUCAAACAAUAGUAUAUACCAACCAAGUUAAAUAUGAUUGGCGAGUCAAGAUCAGAGUUUAGACUUAAGAACCCACCAGAAGAUGGAAUAUCCUCUGUAAAAUUUGGACCUAGUUCAUCUCAGUUUUUAUUAGUAUCAUCUUGGGAUUGUUCAGUUCGGCUUUAUGAUGUCCAGGCGAAUAGCAUGCGCACAAAGUAUACACAUGAUCGGCCAGUAUUGGAUGUUAGCUUUCAGGAUGCAGUUCAUUCAUUUAGUGGUGGUCUGGAUAACAAGUUGAAAAUGUAUGAUUUGAAUAGUAAUUCUGAAAGUGUCCUAGGCUCACAUGAUAAUGCGGUACGCUGUGUUGAGUAUUCGAAUGAAGUGAAUGUAGUUUUAUCCGGUGGUUGGGACGGUAACGUUAAAAUGUGGGACACACGAUCAUCUCAAUGUGUUGGAACCCUCCCCCAACCUGACAAAGUUUUCACUAUGAGUAAUGUAGGUGAAAAGCUGGUAGUUGGCACUGCUGGGCGUAAAGUAUUUGUUUGGGAUUUAAGAAACACGGCAUAUAUAAUGCAAAGGAGAGAAUCAAAUUUAAAGUUUCAAACAAGAUGUAUUCGUUGCUCACCAAAUAAACAAGGUUAUGUGUUAAGUAGUAUUGAGGGACGUGUAGCUGUUGAAUAUUUUGAUACAGCUCCAGAAAUUCAGAAGAAAAAAUAUGCUUUUAAGUGUCACAGAAUAAAAGAUAAUGAUAUUGAAUGUAUUUACCCGGUCAAUGCUAUAAGUUUUCAUCAAGUAUUUAAUACAUUUGCCACGGGUGGUUCUGAUGGAUAUGUAAAUAUUUGGGAUGGUUUUAAUAAAAAAAGAUUGUGCCAAUUUCAUCGUUACAAUACAGGAAUUACGUCUCUAUGCUUUAGUCAUGACGGUUCAUCUUUGGCUAUUGGCAGUUCCUACAUGUAUGAACAAGACGUACAUCCAGAUCCAAUACCUGAAAAUAAUGUUUAUAUUAGGUAUGUUACUGAUCAAGAAACUAAACCAAAAUAAACAUAUUUCAUAAAUACCUAAUUAUUAUACGCAUUAGUAUUGUGAGUUUGUUAAUAUUUUUAAAUUAAUUUACCACUUUUUCAUUAAAUGUUUGGUAUAAAUAUGAUAUCUUUGUGUAUUCAAAAUUAAUUUUAGUUUGUCAUAAAAUAAUGAAUAGGAGAUAUUAAAAUUUUUUUUUUAAGAGAACUGAAAUUUUUAAUUUGUAAUCAAACUUCAUUGUGUAUAAACAUGUUUAAAUGAAUAAAAUAAUGAAUAUUUUCAGUAGAAUAAUUAAUUCUAGAAAAUGUAAGUUUAAAAAUAUUUAAUGUACUUAUCUAUAUAUUAUAUAUAUGUAUGUAAUAUGUAUAAAUGUAUGUUCGCCUCUGUCUGUAAUUAAUUGACUCAAAAACUACUGGAUCGUUUUCAUUAAAAGUUAUGUCAAGAAAUUCCAUGAGACUUGGAUGGUGUUGAUAGUUUCAUAGUAUCAUGAAAAAUUAAUAUGGUCGGUGUAAUCUAUAAUGAUGCAGAUGAUUACAACGUUAAUUUCAAGGUACCAGCAAAAUGCCUCAUUUUGUAUGUACAUUAAUAUAAUUACAUCUGGUUAUAACAACAUAUUUUUUAUAGUUUCUUGGCUGUUGCUAUAGAUGAUACUGACUGUAUUUGUUUUGUUUAAAUAUAAAUGAUUGCCACUGGUUACAUAUUAUAUUACUACCUAUUAUAAAUAGGUGUUAUUUAAAAUGGCAAAUUCAUUUUUUAGAAAACAAUUCUUUGACAGGCCACACUGUACAGUUAGUAAUGUUUAAUAAUAUUAUGUAUAAUUAGUCCUUAUUAACUGUUUGAAACACAUUAAUACAUAACAUUUUCAAUUACUUUAUGACUGGGGUUAUAUUAUAUUGUAUUAAAUAUAUGUAAUUCUUAAGUUUUUAUUUAAUUUAUACUGGGGUUUGCUAAAAAACUACACAUUUCUCUGUAUUAUUUAUAUUUAAGUUUUUAACUAAUAUUAAGCUAAAUACAUUAUAGCAAACAAUUCUGAUAUUGGUUAAAUAGUGUUGAAAACAUAUUAUCUGUAGAGGAAGUCACCAAAGGGUGGUUGGGGGAAGAAUUUUCAAAAAUUAAAUUACCUUUUUGUUUAGCUAAAUAUAAUAAGUUUGAUAGCUUAUACUCAAAAGUGUAUUUUAUACGAAUAAAAAAAUAUUUAAAUAUAUUAUAUAAGCUUAAAAAUCAGUUAAAAGAUGUACUGUCUUUAAAUUAUAAAACUAAAUACAAAGGUCAACUGUUUAUGUGGCGCCAAGUUCUUCAAACGGGUGAUCCUUUCGUCAAAAUACUUACCAACAUUUUCCACCUCGUAUAAAUUAUUAAUUAUAACAAAUUUUAUUUUAUUUUUAAUUCAAUUAUAUCAAAUGUUUUAUAUUAUUUUAAUCAAUGUUAUACAAUAUUUUAACUAUCGAUAAUAGUCAUGAUAACCAAUAAGUACCAUAUUUUUAAAUGUCCAAUUACCUUUGACCCAACUGUUUAGUAAAAUUAAAUAUUUUUUUUUAAGAAUAUACAUAAAUUUGAAAUAUA